UAUUCGAUAUCCGUGAUCUGACAGCGCGUUGUUUGGGAUUACCACGCUGCAAUUCACGACUCACGAGAUCCCAAAAAAGAUGGAUUUAUUAAAUAGUUUCGUAUAUCCAGAUGUCCCUCGAGAUUUGUGGGAAACCGUAUUCUCGAAACAGAAACAGAUGAUCAUAGUUGGUGUGCUUGGAAAAUCUAAUGAAGCGCACUGCAACAAGCUAGUGGAGUUUGGUAUGCUUAAUAUUCAACCAAAUUUGGAGGAUACAGCCGGUAACGAUGGUCGCGUAAAAUUUUACUUCCGUACUGAAGGAGAAACGCUUUUCCUGCACUUUGACUCGACGUUUGAUAAUGUUGUGCUGUUAAAGAUGGCUGAAGAAAUGAUGAAUGAUAAAGCCUCACAGCCAUCAGCUCAUUUUAUUACCUUCAACAGUGCGAUCAGAACUCGUUACUCUCGCAUACUUUUAUUCGCCCUACAGGUAUGUCACAUAUUAAUUUUGGUGGAGACCUCAGUGACUUUCGAUUUGUCCUAUCUAUCACUGUUCAAAUCUCUGAAAAUAAUCCGUGAGAAAUACGUGCUUAAGUUCCUGCCAGAAAUGUUAAGAAAAGCAGGAGUUGGAUCCUUCAUGGGCAAAGAGUGCCGGCUAGCUAGUCCAAGACUGAUUUUUCUGCUCAGCCUCCCCGAAACUCUGGAAAAACCCACAAAAGAAGAUAUUCAAGCUUUGGAAGUGAAACUCGAAGAUUUUAUAACCAAAACCCUGCGGAAUGAGUUUAUUAUUACAAACAACAGUGCCAUGUCUCUGUUUUCGUUACCGAAGGGAAAAAAGUUUGUAUUUUAUACUCAAUCGAACGAACAACGCAAAAAUCCCACAAGGGAUAUGAUGAUGAAGCUAUCGGCAUACUUGGACAAACCGGGUCAAACAAUCAUGAAUAGCGAACGAGAUGAGGCAUUGAUGAACAAAUUAAAACCGUAUGAAUUCAUCGGAUUUCCAGACUUUAAAGUGGAGUUUCAUCAUUCAGAAAAGAAAAGAAACAGUCUAACCAUACUCGACUUAGUGCAAGUCCAUGUAAUGGAUAUACUUGAACCAGUGUUUGAUGAAACAUUUACCAGUGUUAAGCAUCGCACCAAAUGUGGUAUGGCUCUUCCAUCCAUUGGCCAAUGGUAUGACAUGUUUCGAUUCAUGUACCAGGUUUUUAUAGAAAAUCCCGCUGAGCCAUCUUAUAACGAUUAUGAACCAGAAUAUAAAUCUUAUUUGGAAAACUUCCACACCCUUGUGGACAUUGAUGAACAAUUUUUUAGCGAAGUAGGAGCACAGGGCUUAGAGCUGGCGAUGCUUAAAUAUAAGGAAAUGCUACCUGUGCACUAUAGUGCCCGUUACCAUCAAACCAAAUAUCUAGAUGCUCUUCAUCUGCUUGGUCAAUAUGUUCGAGGGCCACAAUUACAUCCUUGCGUCAAAAAGCUGAAAGAAUAUUGUGAUUCGAUUUGGAUGAGCGGCAAACAACAGUGUGAAUAUCCAAGUCUACGUGGUAACCCAUGUUUGAUGGGCAAGCACCAACCUCUGGAUCCAUCCGAACAUUCGAGUGGUGUUAUUUAUGUGUCCUCCUGCAACUGUGGCCGAAUACAAGGACACCGAGAGGAUCCUUACACAAUCAGACAGGCAAAUUACGAGUUUUAUCAAUGCAUGGCGAAGAGCUGUAGUAACUGCAAAAGGUUGGACCAUUUUCAGUUUCCUAUCUUCGAGCCGUCUACCAGUGAUUUUCGGGCCGCCGAGUUUAUAAACAAAAACUUUUCUAACUUAAUGACAUUUGAUGGCACAGGUAGGACUGCGUCGGAUGUGAAUAAUAAGAAUUUGUAUCGACCCACUCAAGAUUCGCCAUAUAUAUCGAGCAGUGAACGUAGCCAAAAUAGCUUCGCCAAUUUUAGUUUCAAUAUCGUUUCUUAUGAUGGUCCAGGAAGAACAUAUGAUGGUACACAAACAAAAGAGCAGAACGAAGAACUUUACGAAAGAGGCUUUGCUUUAAACCAUAAGACCAGCACUAAGGAAAUUGUUGAUAUAGAAAGUUAUAAUAUGGAUAAGAUACGAACAACAUGCAAUUCACAGAAUCAAGACGAUAAAAUGACGACCAAAACAUCGGUUACAGAACCAAUGGCAGCGAUAGCAUUAGAAAUAGGACCUACGAUAAAUGCCGUGAAAUAUCCAUCUACUACGGAAUAUUUACCUGGGAUGCUGCAUGCUGCGAGUCCUGCUGGAUUACUGCCUCGCUUUCCUUCCUGGUCGCUUGUUUGCCUUGGGUCCAGUUCCAUUUACACUCACAACACUGGACUGCCGGAGCAUGUGCAGAGUGGAUUUCUAUCUGGAUCGAAUUAUUUGCUACCUUGGGACGUUAAUGUUCGACUAGAGCAUGCACAAUCAUGGGCCGCUUCCUACGAAAAGAUCCGCCUUCGCAAGAAAGCAAAUCCACAUUCCUCUAAGCCAUUUGAACGGAAUAAUUUAUUUACACUGAAGAUUUUUAUCGGUGUCGAAUACGAAUGCCUCCGCGGACAUCGUUUCAUCAUGAAAUCACCGGAUAGUAUACUACGAAGUUCUGCAGAAAUCGCGCGAGAUAGCGGCAGCAACGUAGUGUUCAACGAUAUGCCAAUUUAUUUUUCAUGUCCUUGUCGAAAUGCAAUCAAUAAUACGGCCCAGCUAAUGCGAGUACAUAUUAUUACACCUAAAGCACCGGUGAACGUGAUCAUAGAUCCGAAGGUAAAAAUCUUUCAAAACAAUAUGCAAAGCAGCUUCACAUUUAAUACAGGUGUAACGCAGUCCAUUAAGCUGACGCAAAGCUCUUACUGGAUCUUGCGUUUGCCGUUUGUGUAUGAAGGAGAUACGGGUGCAUUAGAACCCCCUGCGGAAGUAAAUACCAACAGUGCUAUCAUGCACGGUGUCCUAAUGGCGGGUAUGUAUGGCAUUCGAGAAAACGAACCUAAUGAAGAAUCGCUACUAGGGUUUUAA